CAGGAGCUCCGCGUGCCAGGCGGCAGCAAACACCUGACAGGAGCCUCACUUCCGGCUGGCGCCCAGGUGCUCCUGGCACCGGCUCUAAGGUCCAGCCUCCCGCCCUGCCCCUGUCCCAGGUGACCACAUGACCAGAGGACCUUGCCCCGGGAGCCCGGCAGGAGGAAGUGGCCUGACGUGGGGCUGGGCUGGGUCAGGGGCCGGGCACUGCCUCGGGCAGAGACUGCUGGGUCCCCCCGGGCUGCGGAGCCCUGCCUACCCACCCUCCCCGGCUGCCCCGGCUGCCACCCAGCUGCCGGGUUCGGGAAGCCGCCCCCGCCCCCGGGCAGAGAGACUCAGGGCAUGGCGCAGGCGGCCGGGGCCCCGCAGCCGGGGGCCGGGCCGCCCCACGUGUUCAAGCUGGUGCUGCUGGGCAGCGGCUCCGUGGGCAAGUCCAGUCUGGCCAUGCGCUACGUGAAGGAUGACUUCAGGAGCAUCCUGCCGACCGUCGGCUGUGCGUUCUUCACCAAGGUGGUGGAGCUGGGCGCUGCGUCGGCGAAGCUGGAGAUCUGGGACACGGCCGGCCAGGAGAAGUACCACAGCGUCUGCCACCUCUACUUCCGGGGCGCCAACGCCGCGCUCCUGGUGUACGACAUCACCAGCAAGGAGUCCUUCCGCAAGGCUCAGCAGUGGCUGGCCGACCUGGAGAAGGAGUCCUCCCCGGGGGAGGUCGUGGUGAUGCUGGUCGGCAACAAGACGGACCUGGGCGAGGAGCGGGAGGUGGCGCUGGAGGAAGGCAAGGAGUUUGCCCAGAGCCAGCGCUUGCUGUUCAUGGAGACCUCGGCCAGAGCCAACCACCGGGUGACCGAGGCCUUCAGCGCCGUCGCCCGGGAGCUGCUGCGGAGGGCGGAGGAGAAGGAGCAGCCCCCGACCCCGAGGGGAGGCGCCCGGCUGGCCUUGAACCAGGCGCCCGCGGGGCCGGCCAGGUGCUGCGCCCGCUAGGAGCGGCCGCUCCAGGAGGGGCCCGGGGAGGGUGCCCCCGGCCUGGCCCCGGCUGGUCCUCUGGGUGAGCCGCUGCCAGCUCCGUGUGGACGGCAGCCCUUGACCCUGGUGCGGCGCUGGGGCUGGCUGGUCCCCCUGGAGGGGCCCGAAGGUGGCACCCCUCAGCACAAGUGCUCCCCAGAGCCUCGGGGGUCAUUUGGGAGGGGACGGCGUCCAAU